GUGGCGUUGACGGCACAUUUUUUGAAUCCUCUAUGCCUGAAGGCCCUGAACUAAAAAACGAAACCUAGCUUCCGCGCCAUCGCCUCACUAGCCAACUCUCGCAUAGCAACCGCCUCUCUCAUUUCCGGUCUCGCAGAGGAAUCGCCUUCAACGCCAACCUGCCCUGGUUCGGUUCCUUCACGCUGUUGCCGCCUGUUCGCCAUACUGCUACUACACGGCGGACGGUAGCAGCUUCUUCGACGACGACGGACAGUGAGAUUCCUCUCAAAAAAUUUUCUAUCGGUUCGUUUAGCUAGUUGGUCUUGAUGGCCUCCGGUGCAGGUUGUGAUGUGGAAGGCUUCCAAUCUCAUGGUUGGGACUACAGUUGUGACUUUGAAGUAGAUUACAAAUCACAGGACCAUGCAGCAAUUGUCUUUGCGGCAUUAGAUGUGGAUAAAGAGUUGCAACCAGACAAGGUUAAGAGGCAGAUCUCUGUAAUUGAUGGUAAACUCAAAGUGCGAUUUGAAGCAGUUGAGGCUAGAUUUUUGCGUGCAACAUUCAGUGCCUUCGUUGAUCUACUGAUUCUUGCCACAAAAAUCAUCGAAGAGUAUGACCACAACAUUAUCAAACCAUAGCUAUCCUUUUUAUUAUUUCUACAUUCUAUUUAUGUUAUAGACUGGAGAAAUUAUUCUUUGCGGAUACUGCAUGGUUCAGAGACUAAUUAGAAUGCACCAUGUCAUCUGGUACUGAGCGGUACCGAGCACCGAUACCGAGCAAAAAAGUGUCGUGGCGCGUUCUUGUUGGUCUCCGAACACCGUCAGGAGUCUGCAUAGAAAAAAUUUUCUAUAGACUGAGCUGUUACUCAACAAACAAUCCUACAAUUUAGGAACCAUUUGAAGUUCUAAUCCAUCUCUCAGAUCUUUUUUGUAA